GUUCUUUGUUCUGGUGUUUGUGCACCGCAAGGCAACGGCUGUCCACCUCUCGCAAGCUAAAGUAGGACGGAGCGCUUCGGCCUCUUUAAGUAGGAGCAUUCACUCACGCGACCCCUGAACUCCUUGUCAACACUUCCUCCUACUCAGCCAUACAACCUCAAUAUCCAGAGCAACUAAGAUGCCCCAAAUCUCCUCGUCCGAGCCACUAUGCCCGGACUGGGUGUUCUCCAAUAACUCCAACGUUCAUGCCUGCAAGAACCGCGGCUGGUUCACAGACUACACGCCCUUCGAAUCAUUCGCUGGCUCCCUCCUUCCCCAGAGUCGGAUGCCGGUCCUCGGCGUUGGCACCGUAUACCUCCCCACAAAGAAAGCCCCAGGUCGUAAAGGCCGUGAUGCCCAUGGACAGCUCAUUCUCCACGACGUGCUCCACAUCCCGUCCCUCCUAUGCAACAUCAUCGGCAUAACUGAAGAAGAUAGCAACAAUCUCAGCAUCAGUUUUGGCGGAAACUCAAGAUCACGCGGCACUAUCAAGAACCUUCAGGGGCACUCCCUAGCCUACUUCGACCCCGACCCCAGCAAACCACUCUUCCAAGUCAAGCUGAGUGGGCCGCCAGUUGGUCCCGUUGUCGGACCGAGUGUCUUCAGCGAUCCAGACGCCGUUUACUACUUGAAUGUUCGUUGGGCACAGGAGGAAGUCGCACGUUGGGAGGCCUUCAAGCAGGGCAGUCAAGAUCGACCUGUCUAUACGACUGGCCUUGUUGUAGCACCGCCAACGAACAACGCCACCCGCACUCCCCAACCGAGUGCCGGAUACACCGACGACGAGAAGGCCUGGCUCAAGGCUCACUACGGAAACGAAUUCAGAUUCCUCCAGACGCACGGGCUAAGCAUCUACAAAGACGAAGAUCGAGAAGAAGGGAGGGAGAUAGUCCGCGCUUUCAUGGCGGACGAGUCCGAAAAUGAUGAAGCUGAAAAAUCCGACGAGGAUAUGGAGGGACAUGUGGUCGAUUACCUGUUCGACGAACGAUCCCUGGAUUGGAUCGAGAAGCACUACGGCACGUCGAUGAAUUUCAUGUACACGAACGGACUGAAAUUCUAUGAUCAAGAUGACUGCCAGGUCGCACAGGGACUCGUUGAGGAUUUCAUGCAGGGACGUUGACAAGGCUUCGUAGUGAUGGCGGAAUGUAUAAGGAGCGGCUCAACGGGCCCCUACUACGCUCUUUUGGCAUCGUAUUAGGCCCGCUGGCACAAUCAGGAGUUAUUGAAUAAGAUGCAAUGUUCCUAGGACUAGAAACUAGACUAGGUCUGAUCUCAUGCUGUGGACACCUUUUAACUCCGUAUGAGGGUUCAAUACAACCCAUGUAAACUAGAUUCAUCAUGUUCAAUGUAGACAAAACACUCAACACCCAU